AUGAAGGAUUUGGGGGCUGCAAAGAAGAUUCUUGGGAUGGAGAUUCACAGGGAUAGAGGAUCAAAGAAGCUGUGGUUAUCUCAGAAGGGUUAUGUGGAGAAGUGCCCCAAGUUGGACAAGGAGACUCAGGAUAUGGUGGAGAUACCUUAUGACAGUGUUGUUGGAUGUCUGAUGUAUGCCAUGGUAUGUACUCGUCCUGAUUUAGCUCACGCUGUUGGUCAAGUUUGCAAGUAUAUGUCUAGGUCGGGUAAACAGCAUUGGGAGGCAGUCAAAUGGAUUUCCAGAUAUUUGAAAGGCACUGCGGGACAUGGUAUUGUGUUUGGAGAUCAGCGGUUGGAUCCUUUGGUUGUAGGAUAUGUGGAUUCUGAUUAUGCUGGGGACUUGGAUAAUAGAAGAUCCACGACUGGGAUUAUUAAGAGGAGCACCAUCUUCAGCUAG